AUGUCAUUGCCAAAACUGCCAGUACUAGUACAAAAGAGAAUAAUAGCGCUAUUGAUUAAUUUGCACUAUCGCUACAAGUUUUGGGUAGUGAAUCUGUUUUGUUUAUCAAAGAGAUGGAUCGUGAUCAUCACUGAGAUACUCAGCCAACUCCACAUCAACAUUGGCUACAGGGUGUCGCUGAAUUGCUCAGUCAAGAAAAUUUACUGGCUCCUAAAGACGGCUGACAAGCGAAACACGUCUGGCGUCUCCAACAUCCUUCGACGCUACCGGCUGGACAUCUCUGGCCUCACCGACCUCACGUCCGAGGCCAAGGAACUGCUCACCACCAUUAGUCUAGGCAACGUCACAGUGGUCCUCAACUCUACCACAUCGGCCGAGUGUCUACAGCAAACCAUCGAAUGUCUCAACACGAACUGGCAAAGGAGGGUCACAUCGCUUGCCUUUAAGCUACACAUGGCAUUUGAUAAUCCAAUACUGGGUCUUAUUCUGCCGAUGAUCAAGCCGCCGUCGCUACAUCAUAAAUAA